AUGAGUGGAGCUCUAAACCCUCAAAAUAUAAUUAAAUGUAGCACUAAUCAAGAUGCAUUUCCACAAGUUACUCAGAAAUCAUCGCAUCCCUUUAAAAUUUUCCCCGAUGACAAAAUACACGAGAGUGACUGGGAAGGAGGAAUUGAUUUUUUUCGUUUGUUAGAUGUUGCGAAUAAAUUCAAUAAAUUUGAAACAGAUUCAAAUGCUUCAACAAGAGAAACUGCUUCUAAAGAAAGCAGAAAUGAGAAGCAGAAAGAAAGUGAAGGAAAAAUAAAUUUAGCAGGAUCGGAAACUGCUGCUGGGGAAGAGUCAAAGAUAAAAAAGAAAAGAUGCAGAGGAAAGUCCAAUUUUAGAGUAAAACCAGCAAAAAAAAGUAGAAUUUCCCAAGAAGAAAGUCAAAAUUAUGAUUCUACAAAUGUAAAAUUUGAAAGCAAUUAUCCAAUAAAUAUGAAAAGGCAAGACUUGUAUGAAAUUAUGAAAAAAUUUGAACAAAGAAUAGAAGAAAACGGAGUAUCAACAUUAACUCAUCCACUUCUAAAGCAUCUAAAGCCAUGCUUAAUAAGGGAUUUUCGCUCCGUUUGCAAAAAUCAUGAGAAAAUAAAGCGAACAAAGAAUAAUUUUUAUGAUUUACAUGUUCUUACUUAUUGCCUUACAUAUCAUGACGAAGACUUUAAAAAACUAAAUAUCAAAGUUCCUGGAUCAAGAUUUAAAUCAUAUAAUAGCGACUGCUUGAAAUGUUUAUUUGAUUCUAAGUACAUAAGAACAGCAUUUUAUUGUUACCUUGAAAUAGUUUUCAAAGAUAACAAUUAUAGUGGUUCGUUUUACAACUUUUCUUGUUGUGAGGAGCUAAAUCAUAGUGAGCUUUGUUGCGAGAAAUGAAGGAGAUUUAAGGAAAUUUUGCAGGAUAUUUUUGCUGGUGAUCAAGAAGAUACCAAAAACUUUUUAUUAUUAGCAUAUACAGAUACUGAUCGUCUAUUAUCGAUUGGUAAUAAUAGCUCAUAA